UCUUUAUUAUUGUCUCACUAUUUUGACAUUUAAUGUGCAUUAGGUUUGUCUUUGUAAGCUGACUAGACGUUUAGAGUCAGUGUCUUUACUGUACGCUUUUACUUUGAGCCUCAUAGCGCUGGGAUAACGGUUUCCUGUGUGAAAGUAACCGCACGGAUAGCAACGAAUCACCAGGUGGACCAGAGCUAGAGCUGAUUUGGACUGGGCUGAAAAACACCACACCUUUUUUUGGGACAACUUCACUCAUAGGGCUUACAUCAUAGUCCACUAGAUACUUCCAUCACGUUACAUGGAAUAGUUCUGGAUCCAAAUCCCAUUUUUGGCUUUUCUUCCUGUUCACGGAUGGCAUGGCUUUUAAAGAAACUUGAUUUUUCUUGAAGUGUUUGGAAACUUGUGGGCAAUACGAAGUAACUGUUAAAGUUUGGUGUUGUUCUAAAGAUGGAGCAGCAAGCAGCUGGAGGGGAGGACCCAAACAAACCCUCCAAAAAGAAAACCAGUGAGGAGGAGAGUAAAAACAAAAAACUGAACAUACACAUAAAAACAUUGGCUGAUGACAUGCGUGACAGAAUCACCAGUUUUCGAAAGCAAGGUAUGAAGAAGGAGAAGCUUCUCAUCCAGCACCCCACAGACCCCAUCUACACCCAGACCGAGCUGCCUGUGCCCCAGCCGCUCUUCGACGAGCGCUCCAUGAACCUGUCAGAGAAAGAGAUUAUCGACUUGUUUGAGAAGAUGAUGGAGGACAUGAAUCUAAAUGAAGAGCGGAAGGCCCCUUUGCGUGGGAAGGACUUAAGCACCAAACGUGAGAUGGUGGUCCAGUACAUUUCUGCCACAGCCAAAUCUAUAACUGGGAGCAAAGUUGCGGGUGGACUGAGGAACAGCAAGCACGAGUGUACACUCUCGUCACAGGAAUACGUACACGAGCUGCGCUCAGGUAUCUCCGAAGACAAACUGCUCAACUGCCUGGAGUCCCUUCGUGUGUCCUUGACCAGCAACCCCGUCAGUUGGGUGAAUAACUUUGGACAUGAGGGUCUUGGAUUGCUUUUGGACGUGCUGGAGAAGCUUCUUGACAAGAAACAGCAAGAGAACAUUGACAAGAAGAACCAGCAUAAACUCAUUCAAUGCCUCAAGGCCUUCAUGAACAAUAAGUAUGGGCUGCAAAGGAUCUUGGGGGACGAACGAAGCCUUCUCCUCCUGGCGAGGGCCAUUGAUCCCAAGCAGACGAAUAUGAUGACUGAGAUUGUCAAGAUUCUGUCAGCCGUAUGUAUCAUUGGAGAGGAAAACAUUCUGGAUAAGAUCCUGGCAGCCAUGACCAUUGCAGCGGAGAGGAAUAAUAAGGAGAGGUUUGCUCCGAUAGUGGAGGGACUGGAGAACCAUGACGCUCAGCAGCUACAGGUAGCCUGCAUGCAGCUGAUCAAUGCCCUCGUUACCUCCCCGGAUGAUUUAGACUUCAGGAUACACUUACGAAAUGAGUUCCUGCGCUGCGGCCUCAAGAAGAUCCUACCAGAGCUGAAAGAGACUGAGGAGCUCGACAUUCAGCUGAAGGUGUUUAAUGAAAAUAAGGAGGAGGAUUCCAUCGAGCUGUCACACCGUCUAGAUGACAUCCGCGCCGAGAUGGAUGAUAUGGGUGAAGUGUACCAUCUCCUGUCCAACAUGGUGAAAGACACAGGCUCAGAACCUUACUUCCUGUCCAUCCUUCAACACCUGCUGCUCAUCAGGAAUGAUUAUUAUAUCAGGCCUCAAUAUUACAAGGUGAUAGAGGAGUGUGUGUCCCAGAUCGUCCUCCACCGCAGUGGCAUGGACCCUGAUUUCGGCUACAGGGAGAGGCUAGAUGUAGACUUUAGUCACCUCAUCGAGCAAUGUGUGGAUAAAGCUAAAGUGGAAGAGAGCGAUCAGAGAGCGGCUGAAUUCUCCAAAAAGUUUGACGAGGAGUUCAGCGCACGGCAGGAAGCGCAGGCUGAGCUGCAGAAACAAGAGGAGAAAAUCAAAGAGCUAGAGGCGCAGAUCAACACUCUACAGGCCCAGUUGACUAGUGAGAGAGACAAGCUAAAAGAGGCAGAGAAAUGCAUCAACGAAAGAAACAAGGUUGCGGCUGGAUCUGGAGCUGCUGGUGCCAUUCCUCCACCACCCCCACCACCAGGUGGCAUUGCACCUCCACCUCCUCCACCCCCUCCACCACCCCCAACUGCAAACGGUGGCAGACCACCUCCUCCUCCCCUACCAUCAUGUCUGGGACCACCGCCACCGCCACCUCCACCUGGGUGUGGUCCACCACCUCCACCCCCACCUCCUGGUGGAGGGCCUCCCCCACCUCCGGGUAUGGCUCCUCCCCCACCUGUUGUCCAGCUGCCUUACGGGCUGGUGCCCAAGAAGAUCUACAAACCUGAGACCGUCAUGAAGCGUGUGAAUUGGUCGAAGAUAGUGCCUCAGGAGAUGGCGGAAAAUUGCUUUUGGCUCAAAGUCAAAGAGGAGCGCUUUGAGAACACAGACAUGUUCGGCCAACUUUCACUCUCCUUCUCUUCCAAAUCCAGAGUGAAAAAGGAAGUGGACGAAACAGAUGACAGGAUGACACAUUUCAAGAAAAAAGCGAAAGAGCUGCGAAUUCUAGAUGCCAAAACAGCCCAGAAUCUGUCAAUUUUCCUGGGAUCAUUCCGGCUGCCUUAUGAAGAGAUUCGGAAUAUUGUGCUGGAGGUGGAUGAGGAGAGGCUAAGUGAAGCACUAAUCCAGAACCUGAUCAAGAACCUUCCUGAGCAAAAGGAGCUGAGCAAUCUUGCUGAGCUGAAGACUGAAUACGAGGAGCUUUGUGAGUCAGAGCAAUUUGGCAUUGUGAUGAGCUCAGUGAAGAUGCUGCGUCCUCGAUUGAAUGGGAUCUUGUUCAAACUGACAUUUGAGGAGCAGGUGAACAACAUCCGGCCAGACAUCAUGAAUGUGACAUUUGCCUGCGAGGAGGUGAAAAAGAGUGAGGGUUUCUGCAUGCUGCUGGAACUGGUGCUGCUGAUCGGGAAUUACAUGAAUGCCGGCUCCCGAAAUGCUCAGACGUUCGGUUUCAACAUCAACUUCCUCUGCAAGCUUCGUGACACAAAGUCAACAGACCAGAAUAUGACUCUUCUGCACUUCCUGGCUGAGAAGUGUGAAGAAAAGUAUCCUGAGAUCCUUAAGUUUCCUGAUGAGCUCCAGCAUGUGGAGAGUGCAAGUAAAGUGACUGCCCAGAUCCUGAAAGCCAGCCUGGACACUAUGGAACGCCAUAUCCAGAGGCUGGAGAACGACAUCCAGAAUUUCCCCAAGACCGAUGACAAGCAGGAUAAGUUUGUGGAAAAAAUGUCUGGUUUCUCGAAGCAUUCGCGAGAGCAGUACGAGAAGCUCUCUACAAUGCACAAGAACAUGCAGAAACUCUAUGAGAGCCUGGGAAGCUACUUUGCCUUCGACCCGCACACCGUCAGCAUCGAGGACUUCUUCGGAGACCUGGCUAACUUCCGCAGCCUCUUCAUGGAUGCUGUUCGGGAGAACCACAAGAAGAGGGAGAUGGAGGAGAAGAUCAAGAGAGCCAAGCUAGCAAAGGAGAAGGCUGAGCGAGAGAAGCAAGAGAGACAGCAGAAGAAGAAACAGCUGAUUGACAUGAACAAAGAAGGUGACGAGACAGGCGUGAUGGACAGUCUGAUGGAGGCCCUGCAGUCUGGAGCAGCCUUCCGUGAUCGCAGGAAACGAACCCCACGCAACGGUGAUCAAAGCCCUUCCUGUUCUGCACCUCGGUGGCCAGGUGCUAACCAUGACAACCGUCGCACUGGUUUGGAAAGAUCUCGUUCGCGCCACAAUGCAAACCCUAUGGUCCGAUGAUCGCUUGCCGGCUAAGGACGUUUGCCAAGUGCCAAAGACCCAAGAGUGGGGACACCGAGGAGGGCUGAACAGGGAUUGAGAGAGCCUGCAAGAGCCCCUCCCGGCAUUUCUUGAACACCCUUCAUUCACAUACCUACACAUCAGCAUGCAUACAGAACGCAGAACAAACCUCAAAGACAUGAUCAACUGCUGCAGACCCACUACUUCACCUGAUAAACAUGACCCUUACUCCUCUCUGCCUUAAAUACCUGUACAAUUUGAUCUUACUUCAUUUUGUGCUUCUUUUCAUAGGGACUGUUAAAUUUAGGGGUGUUUGAGAUUUUUCUUUGUUUGUUUGUUAUUUCCCUGACUGCACCGGUUUUGUUUAUGUCUCAAUGCAUCUCACGACGCUAACUCCCCUGAUCUGGCUCAUGUCCAUCCCUCUAUCUGCAAACAAUUAAAUGAUUGGCUGCAGUUUGAUCUCUCGUGAUUGAAUUUUUAGAGCACACAAACACACUCUUCUUGUUGACAAAGGGUCAAAAGCAUCAGAGAGGACGGCGUGGUUCUGUAUGCAUAUCAGUGAAGGGACUUUAUUUACUGCAUUGAUAAAACAAAAACCUUGGCUUGAUUGAUUCUGCCACCCAUUCUGCUUUUUAUUCUACAUGACAGAUAAUGUUUAGAUUUUCAGUAAUUCCCUCACAUUUCACCAUCAGCCCUGCUCUGCAACAUACAAUCUCUGAUCACUGCCUCUCAUCAUAUAUUACAGAAUAUAUACAUGGAGCAACAUGAAAAAAGCUGCUGAUUUUAGCAUCAGUGCUUCAGUGUGUAGACAUCUGUGCUGUGUAAAAGCUGCCAUAAGGUACCUGUGGUGGUUGAAAGAUAUUGCUCUGUAUCUACAGUAAACACUUCAAACAAAUGUAGACCUUUCGAAUGCAAAGUCAAAGGUUUUAUUAAGCUGCAGAUUUUUAUACAUCUGCUGGUUAUGUGAAGCAAACAGGAAUCAAAGAGAUGCCAUUGAUUUUCUUUAUUCAAACAUUUCACAGGGUUUCUUUUGAUUCCUUUUUAAAGUCACUGUGCUUUUAGCUAUUAGUGUUCUUGUAGAAGAGUAUUUUAGUGAACUGUAGCUUAGUGUUUUGUCAAGAUCCACUGGUCAUUUUUAAGAGCUCUCAGAUGUGCAACCUCUUCAGCCCCUCCACAUUUUACCUCACCAUCUCAGCCCUGUCUCAGAUUUGAAAAGCGCAAAGCAGUUGUCCAAAAUAUUAUCAAGGAUCCGAUUUACUCUACUAGACAUCUAUAGCGCCUCCUUUGUACUCAAAGCUCAUUUUAGUGUCAAUCUUUCAUUAUUUGUGAAAUAUGUACUUUAUGUAAUCAGAGUUUGCCAGAUAAUGCCUAAAGCCUUGGAUAUGUAAAUAUUAACCGGAUUCCAGUGAAGAGGCCUCUUGAAUGUGAGGACAUACAGAUGUAGAAUACUGACAGCAAGCAGUGUUGACAACAUUGUGGCUGUCGUCAUGUGAAAACCAUUAGUGAAAUCACUCUGCCACCUACCCAAACUCUUGCUUGUGGCAGCAGUAGUCAUUUGCCAUGUUUUUGCCCCCCAUUUCCAUAACACUGCAGGCAAACUAUAUGCAAAACAGUGUCUUCUCUCUUUUGGAUGACUGGAGCAAUGCUGCCUAACAUACUGGUACAUGUCACACUGAAAUUCCAGCGAAGGCAACGUGUUGAGUUUGCACAUCCAAUGCUUUUCUGACCCGAAGUCCCACUAGAUGCUAUUUUCUGCCAGUACUAAAUCAGUUCUGUACAAAUGCAAGUGUGGAAGACCAAAGUGUGGUGCAGAACGCCCAUGCUUUUAAACAAACCCUGUUACUCCAGCUUUCUCCUCACACUGUGUUUGCAUGCACUCUCAAGAGAGAGGAAAGGUUGAGAUGCAAUGUAUCGCAAUCCAUUGAUUUGCUUUUCUAAUUAAAACUGCCCUCUGAAUGGUUUCCAGAGCCACACAAAAGAAGCUGCACUGCUCUCACGGCUCGCACUACUGGCUAUUUAAAACUCAUGUUAAUGGUAAUUAGAGCACACUGUCAGUGCAGAUGGCUCCAACAUGCAUUUUUUCCAGUCUGAUCAAACUCAGAGACCUGUAACAUUCAUUAAUCUGACAGACAGCAUCACUGGAAACCAAUAAUUAAUCCAGAAAAAUAUGUACAUUUUUAAAUAUUUUUUUUUUUUUUUUUUUUUGGAAAUUGGUUUUUAUAUAUGUGCCAAAAUUUGACAAUGACAAAAGUAACUAGACUGAAAUUGUAUCCAUUAUCAAUAUUGUUAUGACUGAAAGGGAGAGUAAGAGGGAAUAACUGAUCAGUUGAAUCUGAUUUGUUAAAAUCACACUAAUAUGAAGCUUCUGUAUGGUAAAAGUAAAGUGAUGAAUUGGUCAUACAGUACAUGACCAAUGGAUGGAUACCUAGCAGCAAUUCAACCCUUCAUACAGACUGAUGAGAGGCCGAGCUCUUUCCAGAGAGAACUACAUCCCAGAGAUAGGACAUAGAUUAUUCAUCAUUUUACAAUGCUAAUGUCAAAUGUCUUUGAAAUAUUCUUCAAAAUUCUAUGUAAUUUAUAGAUUGUUUUUUCUCUUUGUCCUAAGAAAACACUUUUAUUUUAUGCCAUACAGUGAUUGACCCCUCCAUUUGUGAUCUUGGUGUUAAACUUGUGUAUUACUAUAGGCUAAUAUAUGUGUCAUGUGUAUUCGAUGAGAAUAUUUUAGAGAAUAUAUCAUAAUGCAGGUUAGAGUCUGCAGAUGACUGACUGUGUAAUGUGUUAAAGUCAGAUCCAAUUCUUAAAUGGAUACGAGACAGAGGCCAGAAGGAGGCAAGAAAAUAUGAAGUUACUAGUGCCAAUUUAGGUCCUCUGCUGUCUCAUUUAUCUACAUUUCCUCAAUGUACUCAGUUCCGAUUGUAUGAUGGUGCACUUUAACUUGUUAAAUAUAGACCUGGAGCAGUCUUUUAAUUUGUGAUAUUCCUUAGCAUAUCAUUGCCAAAACAGACCUCUUGCAUGUGUGGUAACUGUUCCUGACAAGUGAUUCAAUCUCCAUUCUAUUCAAAUUCUCCCCCAGUCUCUCUCAUUCCUUCUCACUGUAAUUGGCGCUUGGAACUAGAUCAAAGUUAAAUGGGUAAGAACAAUUACAGUACAACUGUCUCAGGACAUUGUUUUAUUUUUUAGGUAAUGUAAGAUUCCAUAGCCCUGCCUUCUUUUUACCAUUGUGUUUUAUUGUCUUAUAAGCAAUUUAUAUUUGUAACAUCUUUAAGUUUAUUUUUAUCUGUGACUUAAAAAAGUGAAAAUGGUUAUGCACACUGUACCUGAGUAUGUAACAAAAUAUCAUACUAAAUAAUA